AUGAAGACGAAGGAGUUAUCGUUUAUUCCUUGUAAUGGGUCUGACAAGGGCAAGGGCAAAGCCCUAAACGAGCCAAAGCAUGAUGGUAUCCUUAUGUUCUUUGGACCUAAUGCCAAUAUUCCCCGAACCGAAAAAUCACCAUCAAAAAUCCCCAUAGUUGUGAAGAAGAACAAGAUGAUCGUAGGUAGGGCCAGUGGCAAACGGACCUUGGCGGAUGUGAUGGACGAGGACAUGGUUGCCAAGAGAAAGAAGCGAACGCACGACGAAAGGUUGUCCAAAUUUUUUACUCCGCCGACGGCCAAGUCACAGCGUAAUAAAACUUCUCAAACCUCCGUCGCCGGACCCUCUCGUCUGCGCGAUGAAAAGGAGAAUGUCAAGAUCACUACCGACGCUGAGGCUGACGAAUACGAUUUCGGUUCGGUGAUCGCUCAAGGU